UAGGCGACACGUGAUUGAUCGGCGAUACUGAAUUUAUGACAGCCGUGCAGGAACAGAUAUUUGAGCGUGUGAUUAACAUGAGGCAACAAUAUUGAACCAUAGCUGAGUCAGAAGCAGGCAAGAAGCGGGGGGAAAUCUGAGACCCGGCUUGUGGCUGUGGACUAGAAGCCCAACUAUCCAUCUGCAUCGGCAUCGUUGUUUGAUUUCUGAGGGCAUUCAAAGAACAUGUCUGCUGCAACUUCGAUCUCAAGUCCUGGGUCUCCAUAUCUGGGCCACCUGUCCUCCUCUUCUAAAACCACCUGUUCCGUUUUGUGUGGCCCCACUCCUUCUUGCAGAACCUUUUCCUCGGUUUCGCACUCUCUCAAUCACCGCUUCCUCAGACUAACAUCCAGGUCAUUUGCGCGGACCUCAACCUUCCAUGGCUUCAGGCGCUUUUCCCCUGUCAUGGAGUGGCAGGAUUGCACGGUUAAGAUGGAGGUUGAUGUGCCUGCCUCAGCUGCCUAUAAUUUUUAUUCUGAUCGUGAAGCCAUCCCUCGGUGGAUGCCCUUUAUUUCCUCUGUUACGGUUUUGCCUGAUAAACCUGACCUGUCAAGGUGGUCCUUGAAGUAUAAAGCAUUCGGUCGUGACAUCGAAUACUCUUGGCUUGCCCGUAAUAUGCAGCCUAUUCCAAAUCAGAAAAUACACUGGCGAUCACUGGAAGGUCUUCCUAACAGGGGCGCUGUUCGAUUUUAUCCAAAAAGUCCUUCAUCAUGUGUAGUAGAACUGACAGUAUCAUACGAAGUUCCUCAACUCUUAGCUCCCGUGGCAUCGGCACUGCAACCAUUUCUUGAGCGCUUACUGCGACGUGGCUUGGAACGAUUUGCUAGUUUGGCACAGAGCUACUAAAUCACCUGGCCUGGCGGAGCCCUUCUGACUUUCUAAAUGGUUGGAUUCUGGAUAAAUCCACUGGAGAAAAUCAUUUGCUAUGACAGAAAUCCGUAAAGGCUCCUUCUUUUCGGUACUACUUAUUUCUUGAUGUUUACAGGUAAUCUUGCUCAUGACAACUAUAACGCAUAAGAAUUGCUCUCAAGGUCUUGAAUAUUUUCUUCCCCCUAUCAGGUUUGCACUUGCAAAUGCUCCCCGGGGAUUUAUAUUUAUAUCU